AUGUUGGAACUCCGUCUCGUUCAAGGUUCACUUCUCAAGAAGGUUCUGGAAUCGAUCAAGGAGUUGGUGAACGAUGCGAACUUCGACUGUUCUUCUACUGGUUUCUCUCUUCAAGCUAUGGAUUCCAGCCAUGUUGCUCUGGUGGCGCUGCUUCUCAGAUCGGAGGGGUUUGAGCAUUAUCGGUGUGACAGGAACCUUUCCAUGGGUAUGAAUCUUAACAAUAUGGCUAAGAUGUUGAAGUGCGCUGGUAAUGAUGAUAUCAUUACUAUCAAGGCUGAUGAUGGCAGUGACACUGUCACCUUCAUGUUUGAAAGCCCUACCCAAGAUAAGAUUUCUGAUUUUGAGAUGAAGCUGAUGGACAUUGAUAGUGAACACCUCGGGAUUCCGGAGGCUGAAUACCAUGCCAUUGUUAGGAUGCCAUCAGCUGAGUUUGCUAGGAUUUGUAAAGAUCUAAGCAGUAUUGGUGAUACCGUUGUCAUUGCGGUUUCUAAAGAGGGUGUCAAGUUUUCCACCAAAGGAGAUAUUGGAAGUGCAAAUAUAGUUUGCAGGCAGAAUACUACUGUGGACAAGCCUGAAGAAGCAACAGUCAUAGAGAUGAAUGAGCCUGUUGCCUUGCAGUUUGCCUUGAGAUACAUGAACUCUUUUACGAAGGCUACCCCUCUAUCCAGUUCGGUUACCAUCAGUCUGUCAAAUGAGCUGCCAGUUGUUGUUGAGUACAAGAUUGCUGAGAUGGGUUAUGUUCGGUUCUAUUUGGCUCCCAAAAUAGAGGAGGAUGAAGAAGAAACCAAACCACAAGAUUAG